AUGUCUUCCACCGGCGGCGGAGGCCCCCAGCUCUACUUCUGUCACCAGUGCGACCGAACGGUAAGAAUAACCCCAUCACCAACCUCCGAUCUCUCCUGCCCUAACUGUCAUGGAGGUUUCCUCGAAGAAUUCGAUUCUCCAAACCCUAGCCCUAACCCUUUCGAUUCUGGUCUCGGCCCCGGCAUCUUACUCGACGAAUUCGCCUCCAUCUUCGGCGGCGGCAUGGCCCCUACUCCUCGAUCAUCAACCACCUCGACAACAACAAACUCCUCCUCCGCGUCGCCUCUAUUUCAAGAUCCCGACGGUUUCAAUCCUUUUGUCUUCCUUCAAAAUUACCUUCAAACCAUGAGGGCUGGUGGAGCGAAUAUUCAGCUUGUGAUUGAAAAUAAUCCUGGUAUUGGCGGAAUGGACCACACAGGAUUUCGUCUUCCGGCGAAUCUCGGAGAUUACUUCGUCGGACCAGGAUUAGAACAACUAAUUCAACAGCUUGCGGAGAACGACCCUAAUAGGUAUGGAACUCCGCCGGCUGCGAAAUCUGUGGUUGAGAAUCUUCCGGAUGUUAAGGUUACGGAAGAAUUAAUGCAAUCCGAUUCUUCACAAUGUGCGGUUUGUAAGGAUAGUUUUGAGCUGGGGGAGGUGGCGAAGCAAAUUCCUUGUAAGCAUAUCUAUCAUAAGGAUUGUAUUUUGCCUUGGCUUGAAAUGCAUAAUUCGUGUCCAGUUUGUAGGCAUGAGUUGCCUACUGAUGAUGCUGAUUAUGAGCAGAGGAAAGGGAUUGAGAAUGAAAAUCGGAACAAUGGGAGCAAUCAGAAUGUGGGUGGUGUAAUUAGUGGUGGUGGGUCAUUUAGUGAUGGUGAUAAUAAUGAUGGUAAUGCUCAGACUCCGAGAGAGAGGAGGUUUAGGAUUGCAUUUCCGUGGCCAUUUAGUAGUGGUAGUGGUAGGUCGGCUGGACCGUCUGCGGAGGCUAGCAAUAGUGGGAGUGGGAACAACAAUGAUGGGGAUUCUAGAGGGAAUACCAACUUUGGAUCUGAGACUAGAGAAGAGGAUCUUGAUUGA